AUGUCCUCUCAAUUGGAGAUAACCUUACAGACGCUCUAUUCCCAGAUACUCAAGUUAGAUCUUGAUCAAAUCGGAGCUGAUGAUGAUUUCUUCCGCCUUCGUGGAGAUUCUAUCGCGGCAAUGAGAUUGGUUGCAGCUGCACGCCAGGAAAAUCUUACCCUUACGGUAGCUGAUGUAUUCAACCAUCCGAUUUUGUGUGAUCUUGCCAAACAUGCCCGCUUAACAACUGCCAAAGAGUCCUCCUCGCCGCAUUCCUGCGAUUUGUCAAGUUCUGUUGCAUCAUUUUCCUUGUUACCGAAGGAACAUCAUCGACAGAAGAAGGUGUGGGAACAAGCCCUUUCCCUGUGCGGAUUGAAAAGGGAGGAGGUCGAGGAUAUAUAUCCAACGACUGCCCUCCAGGAAGGGCUUAUGGCUUUGACAGCUCAAAAGACCGGAAUGUACACAGCUCAACUAAUCCUGUCGCUCUCUCCCGGCGUUGAUGUCAAACGUUUACAAGAUGCCUGGCAAUGUGUGGUGGACUCGAAUGCCAUUCUGCGAACCAGAAUUGUCCCCACAGAGGAUGUUCGAAGCAUUCAAGUUGUGGUAAAAAACGAGUCCAUCUCCUGGACCACCAUCCCAACCGCUCACUUUCCAUCACUGGAACUAUACCUGGCCCACGAUCUCGCGGACCCCAUGUCAUUUGGCCAACGCUUGGUGAGGUUUGCAUUAGUAAACUCAUCCUGCGACCACGGCGCGCCAACAACCCAACAUGAGGAACUUCCGCCAAACUCCUCUCAAACAAUGGUUCUGAGCAUGCAUCAUGCUAUUCACGACCGCUGGUCCAUCUCCAAUCUCCUGCGGCAGGUUGAUGACGCUUACCACGGAAUGCAACUGAAAUAUCAGGAUUUCAGUCCCUUCAUCUCCCGCCUUGUUCGUCAAGACGAGGAUGCAGUACGCAAAUUUUGGACUUCCGAAUUCGACGGUCUUGAGGUGGCGGAAUUCCCUUCUUCAGCCACUCCAGUCCCCAAUGAUGAUCAAACAGCCCCGCGUGGAUCUGUGAACUGCGCUGUUCCUAUAAACCUGCCUCAUGAUAGUCGAUAUACCGUGUCAAACCUUAUUCGGUUGGCUUGGGCUAUCGUAGUAUCCGCAUAUACCCAGAGCGAAGAUGUCGUGUUUGGGUUGACAGUACUUGGUCGUGGUGCUGCGGUCCCCCGGAUUGACGAGAUGACCGGGCCAACAGUGGCAACAGUACCGUUCCGAGUGUCUGUUAAAGCCAAUGACACUGUGGAAAGGGCAUUGACAACCAUUCAGAAUCAUGUCACUGAUCUCAUUAUGUAUGAGCAAACGGGAAUCCAAAAUAUUCGAAAGAUAAGCCCGGAAGCUGCCAUUGCGUGUAACUUUCGAAGCCACCUUGGAAUCCAGCCCCCUCUAAGUGACAACACUAAGGGCUCUGGGUCUCGGAUUUUGUCUCUUUCGUCUUCCGCCACUGACUACACGCUCUAUGCUAGCUACCCCCUCCUCAUCGUUUGUGGUCUCCCCGGUGAAAAUAAUAUCAUGGACAUUCAGGUGAAUUUCGACACAGCUGCUCUUUCAGAGGCACAGACUAGUCGGAUCAUGUCGCAAUUCGUCCAUGUGCUCCGCCAGAUUUGCACGACGCAGGCUCACGAGAUCUCAAAAAUUGAGGUAAUUUGCGAGGACGAGAUGGCCCAACUUCGCAGCUGGAAUUCAUCUUUGCCAGUGAGUACAGAUCUCACGGUCCAUGACAUGGUUCUGCAGCACUGCAUGAAGAAACCAAACGAUCUUGCCAUCUCAACAUCGCAUGAGACAGUCUCUUUUGGGGCCUUGUCUAGGCUGUCCGAACGUCUCGCUGAGAUAUUGAUUAGCCUUGGCGUGCAGAAGAAUUCAAUUGUUGCGUUGUGUUUUGAAAAGUCUAUUUGGCCUGUUGUCGGGAUGAUGGGAAUUAUGCGAGCCGGGGCGACAUGCGUGAAUAUCGACCCAACCUUACCUGUGUCCCGUGUACGACAGAUGCUCACUACCACGAAUUCUGAGUUUGCUCUGGCAUCACCUUCUCGCAAACAGCAUCUUGAGGAGUGUUCGCCUGGCCCUUUGAAGGUGCUAGCCUUGUCAUCCUUGUCAGAUGUCACCGACCCCGUACCCACGUUGUCUGCAUCGGCCAGAGGCAGGAUCGAUGGUGAAAUGGAAUUCCUGGCCCCCCCAACUGAUGCUUUCCGGACCGAGGCAUUUAGAGCUUGUGAGAAGCUAAAAGCCUUGCUACCGCCGUACAUGAUCCCGGCCAUGCUGCUUCCUCUCUGGACUCUACCCCUGACCAAAACUUCGAAGACAGAUCGGAAGGUGCUUCGGGAGGAGGUUGUUCGAAUGCCGAUUGAGAUGUUUUCGAAAUAUGAAGGUGCCACUCGUCAUGAGGGCCAGGGUCCGUCGAGAAAACCAUCGACCAUAAUCGAAAUCCAACUCCAACAAAUCUGGUCGAGUGUCCUGAACAUCGAAUGCGAUCGUAUUGGCCUGGAUGAUACUUUCCAUUCUCUUGGAGGAGAAUCCAUAUCGGCUAUGCAGGUAGUCGCUCGUUCACGCUCCUCUGGCUUAGUGGUCACUGUGGCUAAUAUCCUCCGAAGCAAAACAAUUGCUCUGUUGGCCAAAUGUGUACAAGUCCAGGAGGUAUCACAAGACACACUUUCAGGAGCAACAUAUCUUGAGGAGGACCAGCUGAAAGGCGAAUUCCAGCUAUCUCCAAUUCAGCAAAUGUUUUUCGAGGUUGCUCCGGAAGGACACAACCAUUUCAAUCAGAGUUUCCUGUUACGCCUCACGCGUCGAGUUGAUGCGGCGGACAUUUCUCGCGCCAUAACAACCAUUGUGGAGCACCAUCCAAUGCUGAGAGCUCGGUUUCACAGACAUCCAGAUGGCCAAUGGACCCAGAAGGUACUAACUAAAGACCCGGUUUCCUCCUUUUCUUUCCGUUCUCAUGCCGUCCACUCCCGCCUCGAGGUUGAUUCUAUCUCUGCUCAAAGCCAGAACUCGCUCGACAUCAAGAAUGGACCUCUCAUGGCAGUCGACAUCAUCAGUGUUGGUCAAGAAGAAUUGUAUUUGCACUUGCUUGCUCACCAUCUGGUGAUCGACUUUGUAUCAUGGCGGAUUAUAUUUCAAGAUCUGGAAGAAUUACUGUCGCUCGGGCGUAUAACAGGGUCAAAGUCUUCUUCUUUCCAAGGAUGGAUCAAGGCGCAAGCGGAAUACGCCGCAACAAACAUACGGCCCGAGCUUGCCCUUCCACUCCACUCACCUGAUGAUAUCAAUUUGGAACAGUUUUGGGGGGUGACACCUUCAGAGAAUACGUAUGAAGCUAUUCACCAACGUUCCUUCAAAAUUUCUCCGCAUGCGACAAGCCUCCUCUUCGGUGAGGCCAACAAGGCCUUUGAUACCCAGGCUGUAGAGAUCUUCCAGGCCGCAGUGCUACACUCGUUUGUGCAGACCUUUUCUAAUCGUCCUGCACCGACAAUAUUCACCGAGGGACACGGUCGUGAGCCUUGGGACUCCAGCAUUGACCUCACACGGACAGUAGGGUGGUUUACAACUAUGUGGCCAGUUCACGUGCCCCUCACCCCGGAGGAUGAUAUCUUGGAAGCUGUUCGACAAACCAAGGACAGCCGCCGCCUAGUUCCUGCUAACGGCUGGCAAUACUUUGUUUCUCGGUACCAUAACGCCGAGGGACGUGUUAAGUUUUAUCGAGAUGGACCGGUGGAGAUCUUGUUUAACUACGUGGGGCUCUACCAACAGUUGCAGCGUCCCGAUAGCCUCUUUCGUUUGGAAAGGAAGGACCAGCAACCUGAUAUAGCGGCAGGAGUGAAGCGGUUUGCGCUUGUCGACAUUUCUGUAUCUGUGGUUGAUGGUUGUCUUGCCUAUACAUUUUUCACCAAUGGGUCAAUGAAGCAUCAAGACGGCCUUGCUACUUGGGUCCAGCGAUGUGAAAGUUCGCUCCACGAGGCUUCAGAGAGGUUGGUUGCCACACGUUUGCAAUACACUCUAUCCAACUUCCCCAUGCUACCAUCUCUGACAUACAAUGACUUGGACCGGUUUAUGGAGCAUACUCUCCCCGAUCUUGGUCUGGUGAAUCAUGAAAUCGAGGAUAUUUAUCCUUGUUCGCCAGUCCAGCGGGGUAUACUGCUGAGUCAAGCCAAGAACCCACAUCAAUAUCUCGAUGUAGCCAUUUGGCGGGUUUCUUUAGCCGACGACCAUGCGGUCGACAUCCCACGACUGCAAAGCGCCUGGCAGCAGGUUGUUGACCGCCACCCAAUCUUGCGCACCAUUUUCAUACCCGUAUCUGGGUGCAACUAUCCCGAUCAAGUGGUGCUGCGGAGAAUCCAAGCUGAAAUCCAGGUUUGCGAAUUGUCCAACUCUUCCAAACCCCGAACCUUCUCGGCCCAGACUCCCCUUCAUUCUCGCCACAGACUCUUCAUUACCAAGGAGCCGAAGGGGUCUGUGCGAAUGGAACUAUUGAUAAGCCAUUCUCUCAUUGACGGAGGAUCAAAUCCUAUCAUUCAACGGGAUCUUUCAAUGGCCUAUGAUGGAACCCUUUCUUCCUCCCUUCCACCCGUUUACCGGAACUACAUUUCAUAUCUCGAGGACCAGCAGUCUCAAUAUCAGUUGUCCAAACACUACUGGCAGGAAUACGUCAAAGGUCUAGAACCUUGCCUUUUCCCCAAUUUACGAGCCUUGAGCUCUGAGGAUAAAGAUGAUACCCCUUUCGAAGGUACGAAAUCCGUCGUUGAAACUCUAAACCUAUCAGGAGAUGUCCAGAGUUUCUGUAAGGCUCAUGGAUUUACCGCGACAAACCUUGUUCACGUUUCUUGGGCACUUGUCCUGCGAUGCUUUACAGGAACAGACGAUGUCUGUUUCGGCUAUCUUACUUCCGGCCGUGACAUCCCUAUAGAAGGUAUUGAAGAUGCUGUUGGCCCAUUCUUCAACCUGCUCGUGAGACGCAUCCAUCUGCCACAAACAUCGCCGAUUAUUUCUGUCUUGUCAGAUACACAGGACACCAUUCUUGACAAUCUUUCACACCAGCACUAUCCACUUGCAGAUCUCUAUCAUGCGCAUGGACUCGCAGGCCAGUCCCUGUUCAAUACUUUAGUCUCAGUACAGCAAUUCAGGGUAGAUGACCACGCGUCAAACCUCAUCCUAGAACAUGAGGGGGGACACGAUCCCACUGAAGCUUCUCAUACGCCCUACGUCAUGUUACCGGCAACAGUUCUACGCAAGUAG